UCUAAUCCACGCGUGGCGUUGUUGUGCCAGUUUUUGGGGCCUUUGUGUGAGUCUCUGGUGCAUAGCGAAAAGGAGGAUUGGUUGCCUACUGUCAACGAGAUUAUCGAGCACUUUGACGCGGCUCCCCGUGGAGCUGGAUACUGCGAGUCAUCUGCUCCCGCGCUGUCCUCAACUUUACCGGCGCCUUUUGUUCUUGUUUUUCGUAUGGCCCGCGGUAAGCCCCUCAGCGUCAAUCAACGGCUCCGACUCCUAUCCUGCUUAGCUCGGGCGACUGCACUAACGGAGGUCGAGGAGAAGUGCCUGGAGCCUUGGCUAGUGUAUAAACUCGCCUGUCGGGCCAGUUUGCAUCGGCAGCCCUCUCUCGCCGCAGAUAUAUACGACCAACUCUGCAUCCUGGUGAGACUUCUAACCAGUUGUGCUCUCUUUCUCUGCUGA